AUGCAAUUUUAUUUCAUUCAACAAUUCGUGUGCGUAAAGUUAAGUUUAUUUUGCGGAAAAACAACAUCGGUGUUUCGGAGUAAAUUAAAAAUCGGGGAAAAUGUAGGAAUUAAGCAAAACAGUUGAAAAAAGCGAAUAAUUGUCCCCGCAUAUUAUCGUACAAAAUUUGUUGUCCCGGGCAAACCAGUUUUCGUAAUAAGUGCACCUUCUGCUAAUCCUUUUUUCACCAGACAAAAGACAACGAAGCAAAGAAGAAAACGCAUUCUACAUCACAUCUAAUUGCACAAAUGUCAGGUGUUGCAAAGUUUUAUUGCAAAUUCAAUAAAAAGUUGUAUUUACGCAAUGAACUCUUCGGUUCGGUCUAUCUCCUACCGCGACGCAGCUGCCUACAACUGUCUGGGCCCCAUUACCAAAUCAAAAUGUGAAGCGCACCUUUACAGUGCAGAGCACCGGCUUAGUGACGGCGCCGUUAUGUGUGGGUGGUGAGGAAAUGUCGGCAGCGAGAGUGCAUCAGAAGAAAAGUGAAAGUUGCAUUCAUGAAAUGGCAAAUGCUGCAUGUAAAUAUCCUAUAUUGGUAAGGCGUAACAGCGCUCCGCUAAAAUACGAGUAGACAGGUAUUUAGUAAAAAAAUGUGAAAACAAAAGCAAAAAAUCCCACCUCAUUGGUGUUAAGACUUUGAGCCUCUUAUUUUUUACAAAAUCUUCGCACUGAUGCUGAGAAUUUAAUGAAACAGCCACCAAUUGCUAGGGCUAAAACAAGUGUUACUUAAUGGUUACAAGUGUAGCAGUGGAACGUACAAUGAAAAUGUUAAAGGAGUCAGCAAAAUAACCAAAAGCCUUACAUCUGCUCCUGCACGCGCCUAAAAACAAAGGCAAAUUGGCAUUUAGUUCCAUGAUUCGCAAAACAUCUGAUUGUAAUCCAAUCAAUCUCUUCCGCACAUUGUAUGCAUACAAAAAGCCAAUCGAAAUAACUGAAGAUAACGAAUUGUCGAUGAGGCCCAGACACACUAGAUCGUUUGGUCGGUCAGUUGACAAUUGACAAGCUGAGCGCAAUCAGUUGAAGCGGAACAAGUCGACGGCAAUGAAGGCGACGGAUUAGUGCGAGGGGAUAGAUGGCGAAAUACGAAACGCUUUGGAGAAGCGGAGCUUAAAUGAGAAACGAAUGCCAUAUAUUUACAUAUAUAAGUGCCAUAUCUUAACAUACAUACAUACAUAUGUAUAUACGCAUAUAAGGCCAUAAGCUCAUGUGAUGCAGUGUGACAAAACUCGAAUGCAUUGUAAGCUGAAAAUGGACAAUGACUGUCAACUGCAUUAACAACAACAAUUAAACAAACAAAAAAAAAUAAAAAUAAAGGCAACCGUUAAGUUUGCGCUCUAAAUAUAAAUCAGAUUUCAUAAGUGAAUGUGAAAUGAAACUUGACAACUUGCAACAUGUGGACUAAGUAUGCCGACAAUGAAUAUUGAAAAUUGCCGAGAGCAACAGAAAUCAGCUACCGAAAUGUGUGCAACAACAACGUCGCUAAAUGCAACGACUAUUUGACAAGAGCUGUUAGUCCACAGAAUGGCCAUAGCGCAUGCGCAAAGGCAAAGUGUUGUAUAUGUAAAAAUUUGGAAACAUAUCAAAUGGCGACGUGACUGCAAUUAUAAACAGAGUUUAGUAUUGUGAGAAAAACUGAGUAGAGUAGCAAGUGCAGGAAGUUGGCAAAAUUUCAGUUUUUCAGUGUGGGACAAAAAAGUGCAAAGUUUUGAGGUUAUACCUUUAAAUUGCCGUACUUAAUUGUUUUCAAACACUAAACCACUGUUGUGAUAAGAUAAAAAAAAAUAAGUGAACGCACAACUCAAAUUCAAAGCAAAGUCUCAGACAACUCUAACUAUCAGUGCCAUCAAUAGAAUUAACCCCCCUAGGAGACCACACUUGCACCCUACGAAUUAAAAGAAGCUUCGAAACAUAUCUUACUGCUGCCAACAAAUGCAUAACGGAAUACUGUAAAAGCAGAAACCGUUAUAAGCAGAAACGAUAACGCCACCACCGAAAAAAAGGUUCCAAAAAGAAAUUAAAAAAAAAAAAUACUCGAAAAUUAAAGUAAAAAAUCAACAAAGCAAAGCAAGCAGCUUACCAAAUGACAAUAUCAAAUCCUUUGAAUCGCAGACGAAAUAUCAACAGUAAUAACGGUAACAACAACGUUGCUGGCGACACUGAGUUAUUGCUGCUAACAACACCAAAACCCAUCAGCAGCCCAGCACCGACGCGAGGCUUUCAACCUGAGAGCGGCGACACGCGGCGCAGCGCGACAGGCGGGCGUAUAAAGCGCUUGCAACGACCAACAACACUAGCAAAUACUUCCGGGCUCAACCAGCAGUCGACGAGUAUAACAACUGAAAUGAACACAAACGUUGCUACAGUGAAAGAAAAUCCACGCGGCAACCCGAAUACCGCCGCGCGCAUGAGUAAAAUUCUGCCGGGGAAAUCGCUCAAAUAUGAGCGACUCAUAAAUCAAACGACGCGAACGCGCACGCCAACAAAGGCAGUUGACAUAACGUCCGAGGCGGCACUAACUGCCAACGGUAAUGAGUGGCUGGCGCAAAGGCAGCCUGAACAGAAACAGCAGCAGCAACAAUGGCGCUUGGAAGACCAGCCAACGGCAGAGCCGUGGUACGAGCAUUCAUCUACAGCGCAAUCUAUAACGCCGGCCAGCACAGCUGCACCAGCCACACGUCUAGCUGCGGUAAGCCCAGCAUCGAGAGAGACGACGGCGGCGGCGGCGAUGAUGAAAAAUUGGCAAACACAUUUGGAAGGCGCGGAAAUGCAUUUAUCACCAGCAGCCACAGUCAUAGCCACAGCUUCAGCCAUGGCGACGCCGCAUGCCAAAGUUGGUAGCCGAAGAGGAAACGCUAGUGGAAAUGGUGGCAAUAGCUGGAGUGGCAAUUAUCAACAGCAGCAUCCGUAUCCGACGCCGUUAGCAACAGCGGCAGCGGCACCGGCAGCAACAACAACAACACUGCAGCUAUGCACACAAAGUCGUCGGGACAGCAGCAACAAUGGCAAUGGUGGUGGUGACUUUGCCAACAUGACCACCGGUAAUGGCAACAGUUAUGGCAGCAGCACGAGUAACAAUGGCAAUGGCCGCUCUGGUAAUAACUUGAAAUAUUUUGGCAAUAGUGACACGAGUAAUGGCUCAUCUGCGUCCGACACGGACGCACUCCUGCCCGAUGCUGAUGCCAUAGCGCCCGCCUACCAACAUUCUACCACCACCACCGCUAACACCAACACCAGCAGGCCAAACAAUGGCAGCAGCAACAGUAAUGCCAAUUUGGCGAGAAACAGCAAAGGUUUCUACCAUACCUCAACCACCACCACCAGCAGCGCCGGCGCCAGCAAUAACUACGAGCCAGCUGCCAUAACGCAACCAAACUCUUCGCCGUCGUACUACACAUCGCCGGCGUCGCCAGCAUCAGCGCGUUCGGCCUCCUCACCCGCCGCUCUGUACACAUCAAACGGUGCCUCUUUAUUGGCAUCAUCGUACUCGGUGUCGGUGUCGGUGUCGGGGUCGGGGUCCGGCGCUGGGUACGGGUCAUCAUCCGGCGCCGUUGCAUUGGUGUGUAAUUGUUGCAGUCAUUUAAUUGCUCGCUGCUGCUUCGGUAUGCCUCUGUUGAAGGCAAUCAAUGUGCGACGUUGUGUGCUGGCGUUAUUCGCCAUAACGGUCGUUACGAUUUUUUACUACACUCAUUACGUCGAUACGGGCGUUUUUGUUGGUUUAAUUCAGCGUGACACCCGCCCCUCGCCGCUUAUAAACUGCCGCAUGGUUAGCGGGAAGCAUACGCGUGAGUCAUCAAGAGCGCCCGAUCAUCGAUCGGAGGCACGACUGCGCAUCGAUCCGAAGGUGCUCGUGUUCGUAGAGACUACCUACUCAGGGCUCGGACGGGAUAUUGCCGAAUUGUUGGUCUACAAUAGAAUCAAGUACAAAAUCGAAGUGGCUGGCAAAAGUCUUCCAGUGCUGACGAAUCUCGACAAAGGCCGCUACGGUGUCAUAGUUUUCGAAAAUCUCGACAAAUACCUGAACAUGGACAAAUGGAAUCGUGAGCUACUGGAUAAGUACUGUCGUGAAUACUCAGUGGGCAUAGUGGGCUUUGUCAGUCCGAGCGAGGAAACUUUGGUAGCCGCACAGUUGCGCGGCUUCCCACUCUUUGUCCACACAAAUUUGCGACUGCGCGAUGCCAGCCUAAAUCCCGCGUCGCCAGUGUUGCGGCUCACGCGUGCCGGUGAGACGGCCUGGGGUGCCUUGCCCGGCGAUGAUUGGGCUGUUUUCCAACACAAUCACUCCACCUAUGAACCCAUUGAAUGGGCGCAGCGCAACACACAGGAUUACCCAUCGGAUAGUGGUGGACAAGUUCAGCUCCCACUAACAGCUGUGCUGCAGGAUCACGGCCAGUUUGAUGGCAUACAGCGCGUCUUGUUUGGCAGCAGCUUGCACUUCUGGCUGCAUCGCUUGCUGUUUCUCGACGCUUUGUCAUUCCUGAGUCACGGGCAGCUCAGCUUGAGUCUAGACCGCAUGAUACUGGUGGAUAUUGACGAUAUUUUCGUUGGUGAGAAGGGCACGCGACUGCGCCCCGAUGACGUGCAGGCACUGAUAGCUACGCAGCGGAUUAUUACGGCAAUGGUGCCGGGAUUCCGCUUCAAUUUGGGUUUCUCAGGGAAGUACUAUCAUCACGGCACACGGGAGGAGAACUUGGGCGAUGAUUAUUUGCUGCGUAACGUACAGGAAUUCAACUGGUUUUCGCACAUGUGGAAGCAUCAGCAGCCUCAUCUGUAUGAGAACUUAACGCUACUCAUGACAGAGAUGCAACUGAAUUAUGCCUUUGCGAAGGAGCACAACAUUCCCACUGACUCGGGUUACUCGAUAUCGCCGCAUCAUUCGGGUGUCUAUCCCGCACAUGAAAUACUCUACGUAGCAUGGAAGAAAGUGUGGAAUGUGAAGGUGACCUCCACAGAGGAAUAUCCACAUUUGCGGCCGGCGCGAUUACGGCGUGGUUUCAUACAUCGCAACAUCAUGGUGCUGCCACGCCAGACUUGCGGUCUCUUCACGCACACCAUGUACAUCGAUCGCUAUCCCGGUGGGCGCGAUAAACUCGACGAAUCCAUACAGGGCGGUGAACUCUUUCAAACAAUCGUCUACAAUCCCAUCAAUAUCUUUAUGACGCACAUGUCCAACUAUGGCUCGGAUCGGCUAGCGUUAUAUACGUUCCAAUCGGUGAUAAAGUUCCUGCAAUGCUGGACUAAUCUGAAACUUGGCUCAGCGCCGCCUAUUCAACUAGCGGAAAUGUAUUUCCGCCUGCAUCCCGAAGAGGUAGAUCCCGUUUGGGGCAAUCCAUGUGAUGAUCCACGCCAUAAGAAAAUCUGGUCCAAAACGAAAAGCUGUGAUUCGCUACCAAAAUUUCUAGUUAUUGGUCCGCAGAAGACGGGCACCACAGCUCUCUACACAUUCCUCUCCAUGCACUCGAGUAUCACGAGUAAUAUACCCAGUCCCGAUACAUUCGAAGAAAUACAAUUUUUUAAUGGCAACAAUUACUAUCGAGGGCUGGACUGGUAUAUGGACUUCUUCCCAGCGGAGGCGAACACCACUGCGUCUCCAACAACUCGCUAUAUGUUCGAGAAAAGUGCCACCUAUUUUGAUGGUGAGGCGGUGCCGAAACGUGCUCACGCAUUGUUGCCGCAUGCAAAAAUCGUAUCGAUCCUCAUCUCGCCGGCGAAACGCGCCUACUCGUGGUACCAACAUCAACGGGCGCAUGGCGAAGCGAUCGCGAAUAACUAUAGCUUCUAUCAGGUAAUAACAGCAGGCGAUUCAGCACCAAAAGCUCUAAAGGAUUUGCGUAAUCGCUGUCUAAAUCCUGGCAAAUAUGCUCAACAUCUGGAGCACUGGCUGGCCUACUAUCCCGCCCAACAAUUGCAUAUCAUCGAUGGCGAACAGCUGCGACUCAAUCCGGUGGAUGUGAUGAACGAUUUGCAACGUUUCCUCAAAAUACAGCCGACAUUCGAUUAUUCGUAUCAUUUGCGUUUCGAUGCGAAGAAGGGAUUUUUCUGUCAAGUGGUGAGCGAGAAGCGCAAUAAAUGUUUGGGCAAAUCGAAGGGGCGUCAAUAUCCAACGAUGGAUGAACGUAGCGCCAAGCUGCUGCAGCGCUACUACCUUAGCCACAAUACAGCCCUUGUGAAACUGCUGAAGAAAUUGGGCUCUCGACCCAUACCGCAAUGGCUGAAAGAUGACCUCUCCACGGGUACGUGAUAGCUAAUGCAAUUCCGACGACUGCGCAGCAAACUGCGAAAACAAUUCGAAUUGGUAUUUGUAAGGCUCAAACAACAAACUGAUGAUAAUAGUAACAACGCGAUGGCAUACGAGGAUGAAACGCCUAAAAGUAUACAAUAUAGACAUCAUAGACGUAACAGCUGGACGCAUUUUUAGCGGGAACUAUAAGGAGCGGCGCUCGAAAGCAGCAAAUCGUUGGAUGUCAAUAAAGUACUACUUAUUCAAUUUGAUGUACAUAAUUUAAUUGGCAAAAUGCUAAAUUUAGGCAGUCGUGCGUCGGAGCAUACGCAGUCAACGAAAGGAAAAUUGAAGCGUAAUUGUAAAGGAAAUUAAGGCAAUUAAAGUCAAUAUUUAUGUAGCUUAUAAAUACGUAUGUAAGUGAAGGAGAAAAAUCUGUUAUAUGUAAGUAUGUAUACGAGUAAGUAAGCAAUAUGUGUAUGUAAAUGUAGUUUUUCCAACUAAGUUAUGUAUACAAAAGCAAAUGUAUAUUAGAUGAUGAAAAUAGAGGCAGUCAAAUGAAAAAAAAUUGCGUGUACUGUAUUUUUUAUGUAUCUAAUUAGUAAUAAUUACGCUUGUAUGUAGUAGUCAGCAGUGUACACAUACUAUAGUGUAUCUAUGUAUGUAUGUCUAUUUGUAUAUAAAUUUACAAUACAAUUGUUUAGUUACAGUCCAUGUGCAUAGUGUAUAAAAAUUAAAAAUUAAACAUUUAAGCUAGUUAAGUAUACAUAUAAACAUAAAUACGAAUAUGUUUUUAGUAAAAAUUAGUCUAUACAAACAUAUCCUAUAAGUAGUAGUUGUUGUAAAUUUGUUUCUAUAACAAUAACUGCAAUCAGCAGCUUUAAUUAUAUGGCGCUAAUUAUGUGCGAAAUAAACAAUGCAGCGGCUUGGACAACAAAAAAAAAACAAAAAUUUACUUGCACUACACAUAAAUCACUGUCGGGCGAAAAAUUGCGAAAUUUAUGAUUUUCUAAAUUAGGGGAAAUUUUAUGUACAUAAAUACCUAAUUUCGUUUCGAUAACAACUGCAGGACAUAAAAAAUGUUUAACUUCAAAGCAAUGCGUUUUCAAUUUAAGAAGAAACAAUUCACACAAAAAUUACACGAUUUAUUUCUAGAUUAUGGGCUAGAGGCUAGAAAUAUUUUCAAAGUUUCAAGUCAGUCAAGCAGAGAGAAAUACAUCCAUCCUUUGAAAAGCGAUUUUUUUUCAUGGCACAGUAGACAUGGAGGUUUGCCAUUGCCUGCUGCAACUUUUUAUUUUCUUUCGUUUUUGAUGUUAGUCGGAAACUGGUUCUGCGGCACUACACCACAGUAGUUAUGCUUAUACAAGCCCCAAUUCCCUACUAAUGAAUCGUACAGUCUUCCCUUUCUUUUCCGCACCAUAUUUUUCUUUAAAAUAAAUCUUUUGCACCCAUGACAUUUUUUUAUA